CUUCCUGGUCCAAUUAAAAUACUGUCUGUAUUCCUCCAUGAAGCUCUCAGUUCUGCCUCCUCUUCACUUGCGUCCGACAGGAGCGACGGAUGGGAGCGCAGACAGCACGGAUGUGGCCUCACUAUCAUGUUUCUCUGUUUCCAGCCAUCCGCAGCAACUCUUGCAGCCUGAUUUUGGACGCACAAGCGACGCGAGUCCCUUAAAUUAAAAUUUCUUUUGUCUGUGCUGUGACAUUUCUCUUUGUGAUACCGGAGUGGGGGAUGUAAACUCGGAUUUGUCCCUGUGAUCGCAAGCAGGGAGGAACUGUUUGGCUCCAAUGGCGUCCGUUUCGAAGGUGUCCAUUCUGGAUUACUUUAAUGUUGUGUUUGAAGGUGAAAAUGGAAAAAUCGAGGCCAACUGUAAGGCUUGUAGCACCAGAAUCCAGGCGAAACGAAGCGUUACGUCAAACUUCGUUACACAUCUCAAGCGUAAGCACCCGACCAUGUAUGACGACUUUGUGAAAAGGAAGGAUAUGAAGCGAGAGGGUUAUUCCUCUGUUCCCCUGCAUAGUUUCACCACCAACGGAGGAAACACUCGAUACACUCUUCCCAUCAGUACUGGAGCAGGAGGAGGCACUGGAGGAAUGGGAACUCUUCAAGGAGUAGGAGGAGGCUCUGGAGGACGGGUGACCAAGUUUGACAGACAUGACCCCCGUCAGGUUUUAAUCUCUGAGGCGAUAGCGAAGAUGAUUGUGCGUGAUCUGCAGUCUGUGUCCAUUGUGGAAUAUCAAGGCUUCCGAGAGUUGCUUCAGCUACUGGAGCCACGUUACACUCCUGAGCCUCAGCAAUAUAUCCAGAGCCAACUCCUCCCAGCCUAUGCCUACCAGGCCCAGCUGGCUACCCGUCAAGCACUGGCAGCAGCACAUGCUCUCAGUCUCAGCCUGGACCUCUGGAGGGGCCUUUCUGGACCCAACUCUGGGUACCUUGGUGUUACCUGCCAUUUUCUUGCAUCUGACUGGCAGAUGCACUCAGCUCUCUUGGCAUGCCUCCCACUGACUGAUGGCAGUUCUGGGAGUCGUGUGCUUUCAGAUUUUGAUGAAGUAUGUCACUCUCACGGCGUGUCAGGAAGAGCGUUUCGUGUUGUUGCAGACCCCUUCCCAACAACAACAACAGUAAGGCCAUGCUGUCUUCCUGGUUUCCUGAUUUCACCUGGACAAAAUGGAAAUGACGCUGAGGCGGUGGACAACGGUAACAAUGCAGAACAAGGCAUCAGGAAUGGCCAUGGUGAUGGUGGAGAGGAAGGAGACUGGGAAGACUCAUGGGAGCAGGGUUUGGGCGUUUCUCGGGUAGACUGUUUCUCCCGCUCUCUGGAACAGUGUGUUAGAGAGGGGCUACUCUCCUGUCCACAGAUUUCUUAUACAUUGGCUAAGGCUGCUUGUUUCUACAACUAUAUUACCUCUGCUGUGCCACCUGAGAAACUCAGCCAGGUGUUUGAUGGGUUGAUGAUUUGGGGACCAGGAAAUAUCCCUGAUUCCGCAAGAGACUGGGCUUAUAAGCUGAAGGUUCUGCGACGACUGCUAGAUUCAGUGGAAUUCCUAGAGGAGAUGUGCGGUCCAGGGGAGCUGGGGCUGGAUGGCACAGAGAGAGCCCUGCUGACAGAGUUUGCUGACACUUUGGAGCCCUUCACUGAAGCCUGGGAUAUGGUGCAUGGAGACAGACAGGCAGACCUACAGACAUACAGGCAUGUGUCCAUCAGCCUUGCUCUACCCUGUGUUCUCGGUCUCCGUAAGCAUCUUUCUGAGACGUCAACCCCCCACUGUCCUGCCCUCCUGCUAGGCCUGAACCAGGCUGUGGAGCGUCUGCUGGCCCCUAUUCUAGAGAACCCCCUCUACAUCACUGCUACCACCCUGGACCCCCAGUUCAAACUCACAUGGAGCAGCAGCCCUGACUGGCACAGACAAGUUGUCCUAGAGGAGUUAUCCAAACAAACGACAGCUUCCAGCCCAGUAGAUCUCAACACAGACCUUCACCAACAGUCUCAGACUCUUCCUGUCCCAGCACCAUCUCCAGUCUCCUCGCUUUCACGGCCUUAUAAACUCUUCUCUUUCAUCAAACAGAGACCCACAACUCAGGCUAAAAGCCUGGAGCAGGAGUUGGCUGUCUACCUACGUGAAGAACCCACAGACGAGGAAGCUUUGCAUUACUGGCGCCGUAAAGCUAUUGACUUUCCUCUGCUGUCUCUGGUGGCCAAAAGAGCAUUCACCAUACCUGCUUGUGGUACCAUUGUGGAGAGAAUUUUUACUACAGCGGGGCACCUCCUGCUACCAGAGAGAGGCCGUGUUAUACCAAAGAACCUGGAGACACUCAUCUACCUCAAAGCCAACUACAGAUUAUUAUGGACUUAGAGCUUAGAGUUAACAGUCUUUUUACCCAAAUAGCAACUCUAAGCUUUUCACCUGCAGUAAGGCGACUUCUUGGACACAAAUCUCUGUUGCGCUUGAAAGAAACUAAGCUAGAAAAAAUACACAGUGCUCAUACUGCUAACCAUUUGAUAAAAGGCUGGAAGAACUACAAUUUCCAUUCUUGAGAUGGGUGUAGGUGUGGAUUGCCUGCAUACAUUCAAUCACAGCACAUGCUGUUAACUGAGAGGCUAGAAGCAGAUCGAUACUAAAGCAUUCUUUCUGACAUUUGUUUUUCCUGAUCUGGGCCUCCAGAUGGCCACAAAUCUCCCAUGCUCUUGUUUUCCCAACUCAAAAGACAGCUUCUGUCUGCACCAACCAAUGCUGACAAACCAAUGAUAACAAAUGGACAAUUAUUGCAUACUGUAGCAUCUGAUUUAUUUUCACUGAUGUACAAAAACCCCGGAGACAGCCAUUUCGUCAUUCAGUGUCUUCUCUGAAGGAUAGCAUCAACUGCUAAACAAUAUAUUCACCCCUCUAUAUAUGUGUGAUACAUCAUUAGAACAUCAUAAUAAACAAGUGUCAAUUUUUAACACACAGGUGUUUGC